UCCAAAAAAAAAGUUAAAAGAGAAAAAGAGAGAUCUGAAACCCUAGAUCUAUUUGCUGCCGCCACCACAUUCAUCUCUUCGCCCAUUGUCACCGUCAAGUCGCCGUGGCGUCUGAUAUCAGAGGGAGACUCAGCUCGCCGCUACUGUCAUUCAUGUCCUCGUCGUUGCCGCAUCAAGCUUCUAGGUCAAUGUUCUCAUCUUUGAGGAGCUUUGAGAUCUUGUUUUUGUUAACAGGUGGUUUAGAUGUGGGAAUCCUUUCGAUGCCGUGGGAAGCGUUGAUGGUACACCAUUACUGAAUCAAUCGGCGAAGAGUGUGGUUUGGAGUUAGAUCGAAAAAAUCAGAAGAAGAGAGUUGUUGCUUCGUUACGGAGCAGGUCUUGUUCUUGCCGGAGAAGAGCCAUGUCUCGAUGCUCUCUCUGUCGUAGGUGAUGCCGGUGGAGACGGUUACGGGAUCCUUCAUGAUUUAAAGCGAGAUUGGGCAGAGAAAGAACGGAGGAACAUCGAUCUCAUUAUCCAUACUCUAAUGCUCUAUGGUUACAGGCUUACAUUAUUAUUGUUAUUAUUAUUAUUAUUUACCUCGUUCAAGGAUCUUGUUGCCACAGUGGGCAAACUAUCAUUCUUGUGCAAUGAUGGUACUAUAACAAAUUUGCUUAUGAUAUCAAUUAAUUUAGCCUGAAAUAUACUUUGGUUUACAAGUCAAUAUCAUUGCGUUUGUAAUCUUAAUGGUGUUUUAUUGAUGCAUUAGGUUUCUUAUAUGCUUUAUUUAGUUCAUCCACCACUUGUUAUGUUCUAAUAAUCUUUGACUAACAGAGAUCCUGACCUUGUCCAAAAGAUUGGAGCUGCAACCGCUCUCAAAGUCAGAGCGACGAGGAUUCCUUAUGUCUUUUUUCCAUGUAUUGCAAGAGUCUAAUGAUAAAUUUGUGUAGGAAAAAUUCUUGUUAGGCGUAAUAUGUUCACAUUUCUUCCUUUGAUAACUUAACUAAUUACUUCUGGAACACUAUUUGUAGAUUUGUAGAGAUCCAAGAUGGGGUCGGUGUUAUGAGAGCUACAGUGAGGAUCCUAAAAUUGUGCUCUGAUAACUGGAAAAUAACUGCUGCUCUCAUGGGUAGUUAUAUUGGUGGAUACCAUUAGAUCUAUGUCUGUACAUAGAUAUAUGAGGUAGCACUUUGGUCAUCAUGAGAAGAAAACAAUGAGUUCAGAAGAUUGCCUUGGUUGGGCUGCAAGAGAUGCAUCUGGACAUCUCUCACCAUACAAAUUCAAUCGCAGGAGAGGAAUGAGAGGCUAUUUUAUAAGCUUCUGAUUGAUAACAUGGAGGAAUUGCUUCUUGUUGUUUACACUCACCUCCUCCUCCAGCCGCGCUUCCUCAUCACUCAGCCCCUAUGCAUAUGGAUUCCACCAAUUCUUCGGCAGUUCAAGCAAAAGAUAAAGAGAAGGAGCAACUCACAGAGAAUAUGAACAAAUUGCAUAUUGAAGGAUCAUCAUCAUUUGGGAAUGGAUCACCUAACUUCAGAAGAAAACCGGUCAUUAUCAUAGUUGUAGGAAUGACAGGUACUGGGAAAACAACAUUUCUUCAUAGGUUGGUUUGCCACACACAAAUGUCGAAUAUUCGGGGUUAUGUGGUCAAUCUCGACCCAGCUAUCAUGACCCUGCCGUUUGCUGCAAACAUUGAUAUUAGAGAUACUGUUAAGUACAAAGAAGUCAUGAAACAGUUCAACCUUGGCCCUAAUGGUGGAAUUUUGACUUCCCUUAACUUGUUUGCUACCAAGUUUGACGAGGUAGUCUCUGUUAUUGAGAGGCGAGCAGAUCAACUUGACUAUGUUCUUGUGGAUACGCCUGGGCAGAUCGAGAUAUUCACCUGGUCUGCUUCUGGUGCUAUUAUUACAGAAGCAUUUGCCUCCACAUUUCCCACUGUAGUCACCUAUGUUGUUGAUACACCUCGUUCAGAAAAUCCCACCACUUUCAUGAGCAACAUGCUUUAUGCUUGUAGUAUCCUCUAUAGGACUAGGUUACCUCUUAUCUUGGCUUUCAACAAGGUUGAUGUAGCUCAGCAUGAAUUUGCCUUGGAGGAAUUUGGCAUCAACAGGAUUUUCUGGAACACUUUCUCCCUGAAUUGCCAAAUUGAAAUACUUGGUUUGCUUGUAUGUUGUUACUGUCAUAGAUUCACAUUUUUUUUAUGAGAUUUGAUAAUUUUGAUAUUGUACGAAUCCAAGAAUCAGAUUACCAUAGCUUAUCUCAAGUACAUUUUCCUGUAUGCUAUAAAUGUUAUUGU